AUGUGCGAGGAAAUCAGCUACGAUGAAAUCUACAUGCCUAGCGAGCUGGAUGGAGGAAGUAAUGGAGGAACUAGACGUCCGAGUACAGACGCUGAAGUUGAAACAUCUAAACCUGAGGAUGAAGAUGAUAGGGAGCCAGGAGAAGUGACGGAGGAGAAAAUGAAAAGUGGUACUCAUCCUCCUGAAGAGGUAAAUUUGUUCAUAUAUUUAACUGUAUCAGUCACUUCAAAGAAGAUGGGCUCUCAAAUUGAUGUCCUUUGUUCGAUUUUGUGA